AUGUCUUUCGAUCACCAAGUUCAACUUCUACUCUCAUUGUCGGUUCUCAUUACCCAGCGCCUGCUUAAGCCUGUACUACCUGGCCAUUCUAUUGAACUACCUUCCCUCUUAUUCUGCAUGCGGGAGGCUUUACAGGACCCAGAGAAGAUACCUUUAAAGGCAAAAAAUCUAAGGCUCUCGGAUGCGUUGUCGAAAAUAGACAAGACCCAAUUCAUUGACGCCUAUGUGCAAUCGCAGAAGCCUUACCUGGCUACAUAUGCUAAAGAGGGCCCCCUUCCAGAUGUGACGCCUAAGGAUCAGUCGCCUCCCCUUGUUUCUACUGAAGGUGAUCGUCAAGCAGGGCCAACCCUGAAGUCAGGAUUCGACACGCCAAUUCUCAAACCACGCGUCCCGUUAAAGGAACCCAAAAAAGACAAGGUGCUGCAUAAGGCACCACUACCUGUGAAGUCAUCUCGCAAGAAGGAAGAAGAAAACAAGGAGAACAAGAUCCGCUCGCAGAGGACACGCGAUACUAGACAUUCUUCGAGUCCUGCCAAGCAACGCGGCGGACCGGCCCUGAAACAACAGACACUCGAUAAAUUCAAGCCGUUAAAGAAGACGAUUGCGCGCAAGGACCACAUAGUCUCCAAGAAGCGCGCAAGAGACUCUGACACUUCUGACGGAGAACGCGCCACGCGCCUCGCUGAACGCCGUGAGCGAAGGAGGAAGAAACGCGCGGUUAUCCAGCCAAAGAGCAAGGACAGCGAGGAAGCACCCGACGUUUGCGCAUCUGACAAUGACAAGACUGACGAGAAGAAGUCUCAGAAGAAAAAGGGCGUCAGUAUGUCGACUGGCCUUGCUCUGAUGCACGGCUUCACAGCAAAUAACAUUGGCAAGAACAGGCUAACGAUCGUUCCAGAGCAGAGGGGAGUAUUCAGCAAGGGAAGAGCCUCGGCUAAUAUGACCGUAAAGACAACGUCCGUCAAACGAAUGCAAGCCUUUUCUGAAUCGCAAUUCCUGAGCAAGUCAAAACCCAAAUCUCCCGCUAAAGGUGAAGACGAUAACCCCUCCAGUUACUCCGGGGCAUCAAAUGAGAACCGCGGUAUAUCGCGGAAGCGGACAAAAAAGCAAGAUGCUCGUGCAGAGUGUUCUGAUGCUUCUUCCAUUGUCGAAGCCGCCGGUGAUAGCUCUUCUCUCAUUAACGAAGAGCAUCCCUGUAUUGCACCAGCUCCAGGAUCACCUGCACGCAAACUCAGGACAGUAGAAUCUGUCGUUUGGGAUAUUGAAUUAGAGGGUAACGAAUUGCGUCCUGACCCUCCUGCAUCCGAGCACUUGGUGGCGAAUUCGGAAUCUGCUGUAGUGCUGAAUACGCGCUCGCGGGAUUGGCAAGUCAAGAAGAUAGUUCACGCUACUGACAUCGUCAGUGAUGCGCAUUCGGAACCGGAUGACGGAGACGAUGACAUGGACUCGGACACUCCAACCAGUCUAAUAUACUCUAUCGGCCCUUCACAAUCAGCUUCUCAGGCUGGUCAACAGCUCAGGACGAUGAAGCAUACUGCCUCGAAGUUCUUCAAUCACCCCACGAACGACAUAGCUCAUCCUCUCGCCAACCACAUCGGCGUCGCGACUCUGUCUGAUGGUCCUCAGUCUAUCACAGGGACACGUCUAAUGGAUGUACACGGAUCAUUCAUUUCACCCAGUCAAGCUGAACCUGCAGGUAGUACGAUGUCGCUACCUCAACAAAGUGAAGAUCUAGUAGCCUCUGCGGACACUGUUCGCGCCUCUGCUGUCGCGCAGUCUCCUGCUUCUUAUAUGUCUACUGAUUCCCUCGAACGCGAGCUGCAAGCACUGGACUCAGGCUCCCGGACCGCCGGCCAUACAACCGGAACUCUGCCUUGUGCUAUGCGCCGAACAUGGAAACAGGCUUAUAGUUAUACUGGCUAUACCUUUGCUGUGCCUUCUGCCUAUUUUGAUGGCUUGGACGAUUCGUGGAGGGAUCCGCUCGAUUACAAUUCAUUUGCCUCUGCUCAUUCGCUAUCUGAAGAUCAACACACGGGUCCUGAGUCUUGUGUCUUGCCAGCGGGCGAGGAUUGUGUAAUGCAAGACGCCCAUGAAUCCGAAGAUUGGGCUAUCGACCUAUCCAACGGUGCACCCAUACGUCAGGAACACGCUCUGACAUACCAGGCGCCGUACUACCUCAACUCGCUCGAUGCCGAUCAAGGACUUGUGUAUGAAGGAAUUGGCUACACAGGGGAUCUUCUUUCACGACUUUCUUCUGACGAGGACCCACUUGAACCCGACGAUGGACCCGCUGGCCAGCAUUACCCCGACGACAACCCCGCAUUCGACACCCUACCCGAGAGUAUUGACUGCCUGUCUAGAUCUUGCACACCAUUGUCUUGCGGCGGCCUGUCUUCAGAUAUUGGCAGUGAUCUUCCCUCAAACAACAAGUCUAUCGUUGAUUCAAUGCCGCACUUUUCUCAAGGUCGUGCUUUGCUCAUGGGUCUGGCGGAACGAUCGAGUGGGUCGGAGGUAGCCCCGGCAGUGCCCUAUGUCCUAUCAAGCGCCGAGGAGCAAGUAGCUAAAUCGCUGCGUGGCCACUGGUUACCGCACAAGCUAUGA